AUGGUUCACUCCGGUCUCAUCGCUGGCCUCCUGGCCCUGACCUCGGCAGCACACGCCAUCCAAAGAAGUUCCUUGCCAAUCAGUGAGCUGAAGAAGCAGGUUCGCGGCAGCCAGAGCGGCAGCGUCCGCGCCAGACAAGCCAGUCUCGAAGCCAUCUACCCCGAGUACAACCUCUCGACCCCAAUCGAUUUCUUCCACAACGAUACGCUGUACGAGCCUCACUCCAAUGGCACUUUCAACCUGCGGUACUGGUACGAUGCACAGUUCUACAAGCCAGGCGGCCCGGUCAUUGUGCUCGGUGGCGGAGAGACAUCCGGCUCCGAUAGGCUCCCUUACCUGCAGAAAGGCAUCGUCUACCAGCUGGCAAAGGCAACUGGUGGCGUGGGUGUCAUCCUAGAACAUCGAUACUAUGGCACGAGCAUACCGGUGGACGAUUUCAGCGUCGAGAACUUGCGCUUCUUGACCACCGACCAAGCUCUGGCCGACACAGCAUACUUCGCCAAGAACGUCAUAUUCGAAGGGCUCGAGGAUUACGAUCUCAGUCCCGAAGUAACCCCGUGGAUCGCAUACGGCGGUUCCUACGCUGGCGCCUUCGUCGCACUCCUGCGAAAAUUGUACCCGGACGUGUACUAUGGAGCUAUUUCAUCAUCUGGUGUGCCCGAAGCCAUCUGGGACUAUUGGCGAUACUACGAGGCCGCCGCCGUCUACGGGCCGCCCGCCUGCGUCGAAACGACCAAGAAACUGACAAACGUCGUCGACAAUAUCCUGAUUGGAAAGAAGGGCACCGAAUACGUGGCGCAGCUCAAAGAAGCGUUCGGGCUGCCUAACGUAACGCACGACGCCGACUUCGCCAGUGUCCUGGGCGGAGGGAUUGCUGGUCUUCAGAGCCUUAACUGGGAUCCUUCACAGAGCGAUGACUCCUUUUUCGUCUUUUGCGGCAAUGUAUCAUCCGAUUCGGUCUUGUACCCUGCUACAGAAGCCCUCAGAGAUUCAGUUGUGGAGCUUAUCACCGUUGGUGGCUACGAGGAUGAACUGGACACACUGACGAACCGGAUGCUGAAUUACAUCGGCUAUGUCAACAUGGCAUCUGUCUCUAGCUGUACAGGGGAUCAGGACGACUGCUUUUCCACUUACGACGCAGAGUUCUAUGCCCAGGACGACAUUAGUCAAGACUGGCGGCUAUGGCCCUACCAGUAUUGCACACAAUGGGGUUUUUUGCAGACCGGCAGUGGAGUCCCAGAGGAUAUACUACCUCUGAUAUCUCGCACUAUCGACCUGGAGUACUCAUCCCUGAUAUGCCGGGACUCAUUCAACAUCACCGAGCCAGCUGACGUCGACGCCAUCAACAAAUACGGCGGUUUCAACAUCAGCUACCCCCGACUGGCCUUUGUCGACGGCGAAUGGGACCCAUGGCGCGCGGCAGGCGUGCACGCCCGUGAAAUCCCCGCGCGCGAGUCUACCACCGAGGAGCCGUACAUUCUAAUCGCGAAGGCGGUCCACCACUGGGAUGAGAACGGUGUCUUCCCAAACGAGACUUCGGCCGGCUUCCCGCCCGCACCUGUGGCUGAUACUCAGGCGCAAGAGGCAGCGUUUGUCAAGGCGUGGGUGGACGAAUUCAAGGCACAGCGUACAUCGACCGUUCCCCCCGCCGAGCUGUAA